GUGGCCUCAGUGGCGGAGCGGGGCAGCCUGUGCGCGGCCAGGAGCGAUCGCGCGGGGCUGGAGCGCGGCGGUCACAGCGCGGAGCGCGCAGACCAGACGUGCCGCGGCGGAGACCCGACAGCGGUGCCUCCCUACUCUUCUGACUUAGGCCAUCGCCCCUCGGCCAGCCGCCCGCGCCCCCCGCCGGCGCCCCCAGCCUCUCGAUGGCCCCCGAGUCCAGGGCGCCCCCGCGCGCGCCGCGCCCGCUGACCUGGGCGGCGCUGCUGCUCCUGGCCGCGCUGCUCCCCGUAGCGUCCUCGGAGGCGGCCCCAGUUGACCACCCACUGAAGCCAAGGCACGUGAAACUGCUGUCCACUAAAAUGGGCCUGAAAGUCACAUGGGACCCACCCAAAGAUGCUACCAGUAGACCCGUGGAGCAUUACAACAUUGCCUAUGGGAAGUCACUGAAAAGUCUUAAAUACAUCAAGGUGAAUGCGGAGACAUACUCCUUCCUUAUUGACGAUGUGGAGCCGGGGGUAGUGUACUUUGUGCUGGUCACUGCAGAGAACCACAGUGGAGUGAGCCGACCAGUUUACAGAGCUGAGAGCCUGCCUGGAGGUGAAUGGAUCAAGAUUGAUGGUUUUCCCAUUAAGGGUCCAGCACCAUUUAAUGAAACCGUCACAGAAAAGGAAGUGCCCAACAAGCCCUUGCGUGUGCGUGUCCGGUCCUCAGACGACAGGCUGUCCGUGGCGUGGAAGGCGCCGCGCCUGUCUGGAGUCAAGAGUCCACGCAGAUCUCGGGGUUUUCUUCUGGGCUACGGGGAAAGUGGCCGGAAGAUGAAUUAUGUUCCACUGACCAGAGAUGAGCGGACACACGAAAUUAAAAAGCUCGCCUCAGAGUCCGUGUACGUGGUCUCCCUGCAGUCCAUGAACUCCCAGGGCCAGAGUCAGCCAGUCUACAGGGCUGCCCUCACAAAGCGCAAGAUUUCAGAAGAGGACGAGUUGGAUGUGCCUGAGGACAUCAGCGUCCGCGUCAUGUCCUCCCAGUCGGUGCUUGUGGCCUGGGUGGAUCCCGUUUUGAAAAGCAGAAGAAACGUUGCAUCAAGACAGUACACCGUGCGCUACCGAGAAAAGGGGGAGUCGGCCAGGUGGGAUUACAAGCAGAUCGCUAACAGGCGCGUGCUGAUCGAGGGCCUGAUUCCAGACACUGUGUAUGAAUUUGCAGUCCGUAUCUCACAGGGUGAAAGAGACGGCAAAUGGAGUACGUCAGUCUUCCAGAGAACACCAGAAUCUGCUCCGACCACUGCUCCUGAAAACCUGAACGUCUGGCCGGUAGAUGGCAAACCUACAGUUGUCACUGCAUCCUGGGAUGCGCUGCCGGAAACCGAGGGGAGAGUGAAAGAAUACAUUCUUUCAUACGCCCCGGCUCUCAAACCAUUUGGAGCAAAGUCCCUCACCUACCCUGGACACACUACUUCUGCCCUGGUGGAUGGUCUGCAGCCUGGCGAACGCUAUCUGUUCAAAAUCCGGGCGGCAAACAGGAGAGGCCCGGGGCCACACUCCAAAGCCUUCAUUGUCACUAUGCCAACAACCAGCACUGGUGAGUCCAAUGUUCAGCAGAACACUGACGAUAACGGAAAUUCAAGGAAACCAGAGCCUUCCUCACCUUCUCCCAAAGAUCCAGGCAGAAAUAUCAAGGACCCUCUCCUCGACUUGAAGAAUAAAAUACUGGCCAAUGGUGGGCUGCCCAGAAAACCCCAGCUUCGUCCUUGGAAGACGGAAGAGUCAGAUCGUCAGUCCACAGAGGUCCCUGAUGAGGAAGAGCUGGAUUCCCUGGAAAAUCCGCCCAAGUUGCCCUCAGAGACCCAAGACCACAGGCGAACCCUGAGGCCACCAAGUAGAUCUGGUCACUGGGUUCCAGGCAGGACUCCGGCCAGAGCACGAAUACCAGUGCUGCCCAGAAAGGAAGGUGUGGAUAAGCGUGGCCCCUCAGUGGUCACCCGCCCUCGCGCAGGGUCUGCCCCCUCUGCGGAGUCCUCUCUUGCCCACCACCAGGCCCCCAAGAGCCCCUCUCCUGACCCUGCUGGGGGACCCUCUGACAGCUCUAUUGACAAUGACUCAGUGGACCAGGAUGAGGACAAGGAGGCUGCAGGCUCUCUCCACCCCAAGGCUGCAACAUCCCAGCAGCUGCCUCCCAAGAACCCAGCCCAGGCUCGGCCAGCCCUGUCCCCCAGCCGCCAGGUGGCCUCCAGCAUCCUGAGGGACAGAAGCCCAGUACACAAUGCUGCAAAACCAGUCUUCCCUGCACGGAGGACGCCCCAUUCCGGGGCCAUGGAGGAAGGUUCCAGAGCUUCAGCCCCUGCCUCCAGACUUUCCCCACCCUACAGAGGGUCAUCUCGCCUACUGCCCACCCAACCACACCCGGGUCUCUCACUCUCCAGGGGCUGGAAGGACGGUCAGGAGUCCCCAGCCACCAAUGACCAUGCAUCCUCACGGUCUACCCUGUCUUCCUCAGUCUCUUCUCCUCUCUCCUCUAGGACAGGGGUCUCUGAGGGAGUGGACACUUCUGAUGACUGGGGAGAUGGUGAUGGGACCACAGGAAACACUGGGAGGCAGGCAGAGGCCACUGCCCCAACGCUGAGGGCCCGACCUGCCUCUGGACCCCUCAGUUUGCUCCGGAACAGGCCCUUUGCCUCCAAUAGCAGGUCUUCAAACAGGUUGACCAGUGGCGGGGGACCACGGCUGCAGCCCUCCAGCUCCCCGCAGUCCACCCUGGCUUCCCGAGUCCCCUCCAGGGUUCAUUCUCAGCCAGCUUCCCACUCUAGGUUUGGUUCAAGUAUCCAUGGAGAUGGGGAGGAUGAGAAGCCACUUCCAGCCUCUGUGGUCAAUGAUCACAUGCUGCCCUCCUCCAGGCAGCCCAUCUCCCGGGGCUGGGACUCUCUGAGAAGAGACCCCCAGAGAGGAGCCAGCCUGUACCGGAAGGAGCCCAUCCCGGAGAACCCCAAAUCUGCUGGAACAGAUGCACAUCCUCAGGGUAAAUCCUCCUCACUGACCUCUAAGGCACAAGAUGGUCAACAGAGCACGGAUGUGGAUGCAGAGGGUCAUUCUCCCAAAACACAGCCAGCGUUCACCAGCCGCCAACUGUCCCCUGCUCGUCCCCCGGCAGUAAGGUCACAGCCCUACCCUGGGUCCAGUGUUCCUAGAAGGAUGGCACCUGACUCGGCCUCCGAAAAUCAGCCCCCUGCACCGGCCUCCCCAUCCCAGCACCAGUCCCCCAGCCUCCAGAGCCAGGAUGCAGACAGGUCACUUUCGCAGCCCAAGCUUGCCCUCACCCAUGCAGGGCGACCGCGCCCCACGUCGCAGGACCCCUACACAGCCAGCUCCCGAGGGGUGCUCCGCACGGCUCCCCGGGGCCAGGGCCGGGAUUCCCCGAGCAGCUACGAGGACAACAGCACAGAAGUCGAGGCCCCGGAUGAUCAGGUCCCGGCGCACACCGCCCGCACCAAGGAUGCCACCCCGCCCCUGUCCAAGCAUCGUCAGGUGGCGUCUUCCGCAGGGAAGGGCGACGACAGACCCCAGCGCGGCCACACAGGCUUCUCUCCGCGACCCGGGCGGCCGGGCAGCCCCCACUCCCGCGCCCGGGUCCCUGGCAGGGUCGGAGCCCAGGCCACACCUGGGAAGAAGGAGCCUCCUUCCAAGCGGCCCCUGACGUCCAAAUCUCUGCAGUCGGUGUCAGCCGAGGAGGACGAGGACCAGGAGGACGCGGGGCUUCUAAAAGGAGGAAGGGAUCCCCUGGCCCCCUCUGUUCCAAAGUGGCCUUAUCCCGCCACCCCCAGGGGCAGCAAAUAUGCCGACGGGAGCCUUGCCAAAGACAGGACGGCCAUCAAGCCGGCUCCUGGAGCAGGGAACCCUGCGCAGGAAGAGAACGCCACUCCCGGGAAGCGACCUCCUCUCGCACCUCCGGGGAGCGCCUCGCACCUCCCACCAGACACCCCGCUCGUGGCCCCGCCACCCCCAAGCCCCGUCCCGAGCACCCAGCCCUGGCCGCGGCACACCACACGCGCAACGCCCAGCUACUCCUCCACCACCCCGAUGCUCUCCUUGCGCCAGCGCAUGCAGCGCCGGUUCCGCAUCCCUGGCUCGCGCCAGCCUGCAAGACCUCCUCUCGCACCAGGUUAUAAUGGCAGCCCAAAAGUAGAAGAGAAAGUACUUCCUGGUAAUAAUGGGAAACCGAAUGGACAAAGAAUUAUCAAUGGCCCUCAAGGAACAAAGUGGGUCGUGGAUCUUGACCGUGGGUUAGUGUUGAAUGCAGAAGGGAGGUACCUUCAAGAUUCACAGGGAAAUCCUCUUCGGGUGAAACUGGGCGGAGAUGGUCGCACCGUUGUUGAUCUGGGCGGGACCCCCGUGGUCAGUCCUGACGGCCUCCCGCUCUUUGGGCAGGGGCGACAUGGCAAACCCCUGGCCACUGCCCAGGACAAGCCCAUUUUGAGUCUUGGUGGGAAGCCCCUGGUGGGCUUGGAGGUCAUCAAAACAACCACCCGUCCUCCCACCGUGACCCCGCGGCCCACCACCACAACCACCACGGUGUCCACCACCACGACCCCACGGCCCACGACCGCUGCCACCCGGCGCACCACCACCACCCGCCGCACCACCACCACCCGCCCACGGACCACCGUCAGAACCACUGCACGGACCACCACCACCACUACCACCACCCCGGAACCCACCACUACCACCACCCCGGAACCCACCACCCCUGUCCCCACCUGUCCCCCCGGGACGCUGGAACAGCAUGACGAGGACGGCAACCUGAUAGUGGGCGCAGACGGGGUCCCGGAGUGCCGCCCUGAGGAAGAUGAAUUCUCAGGCUUGGAUGCCGACGUAGAAAUGCCCACAGAAGAGGCCUAUGCCAUAUACGAUGAAGAGUAUGAGAUUGAGACCACGAGGCCGCCGACCACCACCCUGCCUUCGACCACUGCUGCCACACCAAAGGUCAUCCCAGAGGAAGGCCCCAUCAGCUCCUUUCCUGUGGAAGAAUUUGAUCUGUCCGGACAGAAACGGUUUGUUGCUCCUUACGUGACGUACCUGAAUAAAGAUCCGUCGGCCCCGUGCUCGCUGACUGACGCUCUGGAUCAUUUCCAAGUGGAGAGCCUGGAUGAGAUCAUUCCAAAUGACUUGAGGAAGAAUGACCUACCUCCUCAGCAUGCACCCCGCAACAUCACUGUGGUCGCCAUGGAAGGCUGCCACUCUUUUGUCAUUGUGGACUGGGACAAAGCCACGCCAGGAGAUGUGGUAACAGGGUACUUGGUCUACAGUGCAUCCUAUGAAGACUUCAUCAGGAACAAGUGGUCCACUCAGGCUUCAUCUGUGACUCAUUUGCCCAUUGAGAACCUGAAGCCAAACACCAGGUAUUACUUUAAAGUUCAAGCCAAAAAUCCUCAUGGCUAUGGACCCAUCAGCCCUUCGGUUUCUUUUGUUACAGAAUCAGAUAAUCCUCUACUUGUGGUGAGGCCACCAGGCGGUGAGCCCAUCUGGAUCCCAUUUGCUUUCAAACACGACCCCGGCUACACGGACUGCCAUGGCCGGCAAUACGUGAAGCGUACUUGGUACAGAAAGUUUGUGGGAGUCGUUCUUUGCAAUUCGCUGCGGUAUAAGAUCUAUCUCAGCGACAACCUGAAAGAUACAUUCUACAGCAUCGGAGACAGCUGGGGAAGAGGUGAAGACCACUGCCAAUUUGUGGAUUCGCACCUUGAUGGAAGAACAGGGCCUCAGUCCUACGUAGAAGCCCUCCCUACCAUUCAAGGUUACUAUCGCCAGUAUCGCCAGGAGCCUGUCAGCUUUGGCCAAAUUGGUUUUGGAACCCCCUACUACUACGUGGGCUGGUACGAGUGCGGGGUGUCCAUCCCAGGAAAGUGGUGACCACAGGACUGUUGCACGGCACGUUCACCUGCUCAGUCCAUUGACUAAUUCAUACCAUGGGCUGUGAGCAUAAGGGUGGAGAAAGACCGUGAGCCAAGUCCAUCCGCCCACUUGGGGUCAGGAACGUCACGUGAUGGACACUGGACGUUGUGGUCAUCUUCAGUCUGAAACCCAGUCGCACUCCUCGACCUGGCUGGUGAACAGGAUUCAGUGUUGCUGACACUUCACUUUGGCACAGGCGUUUGUGUGUAAGAGCGGAUCUCAGACACUCUGAAACCAGCAGCUGAUUCAGGGCAAGCCCCAGGCCCUAGGCACAAAAUUCCAACCUUCCAGGUCUCCCGGGAACAGCGUGAGCAUGCUGCGCUUGCUUCUUAGGACAUUUUCUAUUUUUCUCAUUCUCAACUCCUCCAAAAUCAGCUGAAUUUAAGCUUCAGGUCUUUUUGUAUGCACUAGAACUGAAUUACUAAAAAUACAGCUAAAGGAAAUAUAUUCUACUUAAGAGUUUUUUCUAUGGACUUACCCACCUCUAGGCUAAAUGCAUCAAAUCUUAUUUGUAAAUUCUCAAUUUUGAUAUAUAUAUAUAUGUAUAUAUGCAUAUACAUAUCCACACUCGUCUGCAAGAAUAUUGAUUAAAAUGGCCAAAUUUGUACGUGUUCACUAGAUAAGUGUGUGUGGGACUUUUU